AUGAGAAUGAUUAAAAAAGAAAUUGAAAAAUUCGAUAUACUUAAAAAAAGUAUUAACUAUUCUUACUUGAUAAAAAUAAUAUUUGCUCAAAAUAAUUUGAUAAGAAAAAAGGCAAUUAAUUAAUCAAUCAAUUAGUUUAAUAAAGCAAAGAAAACCAAACAAAAAGAAAUGAGCGAGUUGAAGCGUCAUCCCGCUGAAAUAGCAGACGGAUUAAGCAUGAUGAGCCCCUUUCACAAGGAGAUUAAGCUGGACAGCAACCAAGUUCCAGGAGGCUAGUAUUUUUAUCAGAUAAACAAUAAUCCAGAUAUGCUCAUAAGAUAGAAUUUUAUUUCUCAAACUCCCUAGGGUUAUAUUAUGAAUUAGUAAUAAUAAUAGUAGUAGCAAUAGCUUUUUUAGCAAUCAUAGAAUCAGCAGUCCUAAACAUAGGCUCAUACCAUAGGAGGAAACCCCAAUUAGUUCUAAUAAUAAGUCCUUCCAAACUCUUUCUUUUAGAAUUAGUUUUAGUCGUAGUAAUAGUAGCAAAAUUAGCAGACAUAAUAACAAUUUUAGGCUCCAUCCUUAAUGAAUUUAUCUUUUAAACCAAUUAGCUAAUAGCAACAAACUUAGUAGUAACAAAAUAACAUAUAAAUCCAACAAUAAAAUUAGCCUAGUCUAUAGCAGUAAUACUCCUAGCAAAGUAGUGAUAGUUCUGAAAAUAUAAGAAAAUCAGGAGAAAAAGCGCUAUAGUAUUUUUAAACAUUUCUUUAACUCACUUAAAAUAUCAGCGAUGCUGAUUUAAAUUUGGAUUUUGUCAAAGAUCUUUAUACAAUAAAGAUGGAUAAUCUACCAACCAGCAAGGAAAUGCACGAUUCUUACCAAAAAAUUGUAUCAAAGCAAGGAUAUUCUAAGUAGCAGAAGAAAAAUUGGAAUGAUUAAGAAACAAAUCUCUUAGUUUGGAUCAUUCUUAAGUCUUGUGUGUUUAAAAGAAUUGACUUUCGUGCAAUUAGCGAUGAUGUGUGGGAAGAUAUAGCAAGUAUGAUGGUAGGUAGAACAUCGGAACAGUGCAAAUUGAAAUGGUUAUCAAUGAGUAAGCUUAAUUUACAGCAAUAACCUUGGAGCGAAGAAGAAGAUAAUAUUUUGAGGAUGAUAAUCAAAGAGUAUGAGCAAAAGAAUAAAUAAAAUAAAUGGAGCGAAAUUGCUGUUAAGCUUAACUAGCUAAGUCACAAAAAUGUAUUCAGAUAAGGAAAGCAGUGCAGAGAAAGGUGGAACAACCAUUUAGAUCCUGCAAUUAACAGAGGCCCAUGGAAUUAUGAAGAAGAAUUGAAAAUGUUAAAAUUAGUACUAGAAAAAGGCAAGAGAUGGUCAGAAAUCUCCAAAAAUAUGAAAUCGUCAAGAACCGAAAACGCUGUUAAAAACAGAUACAAUUCUCUCAUUAAAAAAGAGAAACUGUCAUCUUCCUCAAAUAACUUAUCAAGCAUGAAUGACUUAAAAUCUAACAAUUAAGAUAUCGGUGAGGGUGAAAAAUAAUAAAUCUUAUUGCUCAUAGAAAAGCUUGAAUCUCGUAUUAAAAACGGAUUCUCUCUCAUAAAUGCUAGCUCAAAUACACUCAAGCACAACCACGAUUAAAUCGAAGAAGAGUAAGAUGAAGAUACCUAAAAUUAAGACAAACAAUACAAUGAAGAUGAUGAGGAUGAUGAUGAAGACGAUGAAGACCACUAGCAGUCGCAAAGUAUGUAGUCUUAAGCUCUUAAUUCAUACUAAAUUAAAACAGAAGAAGGAAAUCAUUUCAAUUAAGCCCAAUUGCAGCAAUAAUCUCUAUUUUCUAACAAUAGCAAGAGCUAAAAUUCACCGGAAAGCAUGCAACAAACAACAGUUAAGCAGAAAAAUCUCCCUAAAAAGAAUGUCCUAUAAAGCAAGUAGGCUCUAUUCUAAAUGGUGGAGAGCGAAGCUAAAACUAAAUCAGAGCAAACAUUAAAUUAAUCAGACGUAGAGUCAGCUACUAAAUUAUCUUCAUCGGCCCUUUCAAAUUAAAACUCUGGUGGAAUAUUCAAACCAAUUAACCAAGAAAUUAAUAUCAAUGGAGAGAUGAACCUUUUUGGCUUUAAUAUUUAAAAUAACAACAACAACAACAAUAACAACUUGAAGAGCUAAAUAAAUGAAGAAACCAUUUCAGAAAAUAAUUCUCCUAAUAUGAAUGGAAAAAUUUUAAUCUAAUAAUAGUAAGCUUUUCCUGGGUUUAUGGGAAUAAAUAGUAAACCAGGAAGUAAAAGAGUCUCACUCAACAAUCCUGGAGCCAUUUUUAUGGAAUAAGUUAAACUGCCUUCCACUCCUUUACUUUCUGGAUUCAAUCAUUAUGAUUUGAAAUCCUAAGUGCAAUAGAAUGAAGUUUUCAUUAAAUCUGUGACAAAAAAAAACUUAAAGAAAGAAGAAUUUGAAGAGGAAAUAUCAAAAAGCCAACUAGUCUAUGUCGAUAAAAAUACAAAAGAAAUUUUUGUGAUUAAUCCAGCAUUUAUUUAACAUAAAAUUUAAGAAGAUUUUACAAAAAACAUAUAAUUGCUAAACAGCUUCUUACAAAACUAAGAAUCAAUUAGCACUCCCUAACAACAUGGUGUGAAUAUUUCUUAUGCAGCUAAUCCAAACACAGUUUAAGGAUCUGCUGCAAGUAUUUCUAUGUUCUUAAAUACUCCUCCUCUUCAAGCUUAAAGUGUAAACCAAUUAGCAAAUUGUAGCUAGUUGGGACAAAUUGUACCUGGUGAAUAAACCCCAACCAUAUUCUAAUAUUAUAACAAUCUGCAUCCUACCAUAUCAAACUCUAACCUUGGCAAUAACUCUCCUAGCGUAUUCUUUAUGCAGUACUCAAAUAAUAACACACCAAACUAACUAGGACUAGCUUAGAUAACACCAUAAAACAAUAUGCAUCAAUAGAGAAUGAUCAACCAAAUGCCCCUUCAUCAAAUAAUGCAUUCUCACAAUAUACAAAACUCUCCCAACAGCUCCGAGUUCGUAAAAAACAAUAACAAUACUAAUGUACUUCAAACUGCUGCUAUGCUUAAUAAGCAACUUAUUCAUUAAGAUGUAUAAUAAUUUAGUGGAAAUACCAAUAACCUUAUAAAUACUAAUUAAAUUUAAUGA